GCCGCCGGCCGCCGCCGAGGGGAGCGGAGCAAAGAUGUUCUUCCACAUCGUGCUGGAGCGGAACAUGCAGCUCCACCCGCGGCACUUCGGGCCGCACCUCCGGGACAAGCUCGUCUCCAAGCUCAUCAAGGACGUCGAGGGAACCUGCAGCGGGCGGCACGGAUUCGUGGUGGCGAUCACGGGGGUGGAGGACAUCGGCAAGGGGCUCAUCCGGGAGGGUACCGGCUACGUCACCUUCCCCGUCAAGUACCAGUGCGUUGUCUUCAGGCCCUUCAAGGGUGAAAUCCUCGAGGCCGUCGUCACCAUGGUCAAUAAGAUGGGCUUCUUCGCAGAGGCUGGGCCGGUGCAGAUUUUUGUGUCCAAUCAUUUGAUUCCUGACGAUAUGGAGUUCCAAUCUGGUGAUGUGCCAAACUACACAACUUCUGAUGGAUCGGUAAAAAUUCAGAAGGAGAGUGAGGUGCGGCUGAAGAUUAUUGGUACUCGUGUUGAUGCAACAGAAAUUUUUUGCAUUGGCACAAUAAAAGAUGACUUUCUGGGUGUUAUCAGCGAUCCUGGUGCAGCAGUGUAAAUGGUUUAAGAAACGAGAUAGCACUCCAGUGUUCCGAGUGCGAUGGAUGCAGACUCAAAUGCAGUGUAGUGUUAAAACUGCAAGGGUUGUAAGGAUAUUUCAACCUGUAUUGAGAUUGAGAUGUUAGGGUUUCUCUUAACUGUUGUAAACUAUCCUCACCACUGAAACUUUUUUAGGCUGGCUUUGAUGAACUGGACUCAAAUUCACGAGUUGUUUGUCACAAA